AUCAGCAAAGAGGAGGAUGGCGGAGGAUGGGAGGGAAGAGUCGGUGGCCGCUGACGACGACUCAGACUAUACAGCUGAAGACAGGAGCUUAAACAACACGAUGGUGGAAGAGGGCUCUACUCUCCUGCGCAGAAUGGAGAUCUGUGUUGCUGAGGCUGAGAAAAGGAGUGGCAAAAAUGCAGUGAACAUGCAGGAGACGUUCACUGUGUACCUCAUUGAAACACGGCCAAUGGAUGCAGUCGCUGACGGUCGUAACCCAGCCCCCGACUCUCUGUGGAGGAGAUACAGUGAAUUUGAACUGCUGCGGAACUACCUAUUAGUUACAUAUCCAUACAUCGUGGUCUCCCCUCUGCCUGAGAAGAGGGCAGAGUUUGUGUGGCACAAGCUGUCGGCAGACAACAUGGACCCAGACUUUGUGGAGCGCCGCAGGGUCGGGCUGGAGAACUUUCUGCUUCGUGUGGCAUCACAUCCGGUCCUCUGCAAUGACAAGAUCCUCCACCACUUUCUCACCGAGGAACAUGGAUGGAAGGAAGUGGUGUAUGAGACAGGAUUUCAGGCUAAGGCAGAUUCCAGGCUGAGAGCUCUCAGUGCCACCUUCAGGGUGAGAAAUCCAGAUAAACGCUUCAUAGACAUGAAGCACUACAGCGAUGAGCUGCAAUCUCACACAUCUCAGCUGCUCCGAGCACGAGCAAGGGUUGCAGAUCGACUCUACGGUGUUUACAAGGUCCACGGGAACUAUGGGAGGGUUUUCAGUGAGUGGAGUGCCAUAGAGAAAGAGAUGGGAGAUGGACUGCAAAGUGCCGGUCAUCAUAUGGACGCAUAUGCUGCCUCAAUAGAUGAUAUCUUAGAAGAAGAGGAACAUUACGCAGACCAACUGAAAGAAUAUCUCUUUUAUGCUGAAGCUCUGAGGGCAGUGUGCAGGAAACAUGAGCUGACCCAGUUUGAGCUUGAGAUGGCCUCCCAGGACCUCAUCUCCAAGAAGCAGCAACAUGAGGAGCUGGCUACAGGGAUUGUUCGGACGUUCUCCUUCAAAGGCAUGACCAACAAGCUUUUUGGCCAAGAGGCACCUGAGCAACGGGAGGCCAGACUGAAGCUGCUGGAGGAGCUGAUAGUAGAGGGUGAAGAGGCUGUCAAGGAGAAAACGGUGGAGUGCGACGUGCAUGUUGAAAGGGGAUGGGUGGAUAUGCAGCGCUUUAAGGAGCAGAAAGACAAAGAUCUGCGGGAAGCGCUCAUCAACUAUGCUGUCAUGCAAAUCAGCAUGUGCAAAAAGGGAAUACAAAUGUGGAGCAAUGCCAAAGAAUGUUUCCUCAAGAUGUAAAGUCGAAGCCAUAUUCAAAGGAUUUCACUUCUCUGUGAUGCUCAGAUGUGGAUGCUGGGAAAUUAUGCCAAUGUCCGCUGGUUGAGGUUUGAAAACAACCACUGUAAAGUGACAACAUUGAAUAUAAAAAUAAUGUAGUUUCAAGUAUUUACACACAAUUAGUUCAUAUGCAACUAAUUCUCAGUAGUGAUUUCACUGUUAAGCUUUUGUGGAGUGAAAAGUGGAUCCCACAAAGCACAGGACUUGGACACUGGAGACCGGGGUUCACAGGGUUGACUUUCUCAAUGUUUAGCCAAGACCAUUUUCUCUCACCUUUAAAAGAGGCACUUUGACAGACCGGGAGUGUGGGAUUUGACGGACAUUGGCAUUUACCAGGCAAAGAUUUUUGGAGUUUAGACCCAUACAAGGGACUAAUGUUACCUGUUUGGUUCGGUUCAAAUAAACUUGUUUAGGCCGGUCUGAAAACAGUUAAACGCACCAAACAAGUGGACGGAGGCUGCCUGAAAAAGAGGGUCUCGGUCCAGAUCCAACCAGACUCUGGUCCAGUUUGUUUAUGGUGUUCUUAAAUUGUGAUUAAGUGUGAGUGUUAAGCAAACUGGACCAGAACUAAAAGUCAAUGUCUGUGACCUGUGCUGCCUAAAAUUAAAGGCAUCUAAAAUAUGAUACAUUCAUGCUUUAAAGGAAUCAUUUAAAGUGAAGAUGUUGAUCACAUGUGGUGAUGUCCAGGACAAUGUAUUGUACUAAUGUACAGUAAGCUGCACAUAAGAUGUAUGAUACUCAGUCUAAGAUUUUAUUUAAUUUAGUUUAAUUGAAUAUAUACUUAAUUUAUUGACUGAAACGUUUUGCCUGUUUAAAUAACAUUGUACUUCCUGUUUCUGAUGCUUGCCAGCAAUAAGCUUUGUGAGUGUAUUAAUGUAAGUUUUCAUAACUCCAUUUGUCCAUACCCUUUUAUAUUUCAAAUUUUAUGCUCAAUUUGGAUGGAUAGCUCUUGUUUGUUCUAUUUAUUUGAAUAAAAAUGUGUCACACCACUGAC